AAGAUUCAUUAGUGAUGCAAAAAAAUUCCCAAGUUGCAAGCACAUGGAGUGGACCCUAUUGACUUUUUCUCACCAUCUUAGAAGUUUCAUCUCCUUCAGCUUCAUGUAUGAAUUCCCUUCUUCUUAAGCUCUUUUUAAAAAGCAAAACAAAUUCCACUACAAUAAUCACCUUACCAAAAACAUAAAUAUUCAAAAAUUCCAUAAUGGGGAAAGAAAGAAAAAGCAAUUGCAAGGGCAUCAUGAUUAAUCAUCUUAUAUUAAAGCUCAAGAGCAUUACUCAUCUUCAAUUAAUUCCCAAAUAUUCCAAUAGGUAUCAAUUUGAUGUUGUGGAAAGUGUGGACACACCAAGAGCAAAUGAGGAAGUUGUACCAAAUGAUGUUAAAGAAGGUUACUUUGCUGUAUUUUCAGUGAAUCCAAAGGAAGAACCAAAGAGGUUUAUUGUGGAAUUGCAUUGGCUUACUGAUCCAUCAUUCUUGAAAUUAAUGAAACAAACUGAAGAUGAAUAUGGAUUUGAACCAAAGGGUGUUCUUGAAGUUCCUUGUCUUGCUGAGGAAUUGCAGAAGAUUUUGGAACUCAACAUUGGAAGUAAUGUCAGUGCUAAUUUUGUAGUUUAAGUGUUGAUGUUAUAGUUCCUUGUAGUUAUAGCUAGGUUAAAUUUAUAAAAUUUACAUUUUGUUGUCAAUAUAAUAAUAUUUCUAAAGAUUAAUCAAAUUAUUUUUGAUUGGUUAAAA